AUGCUCAGACAGCGAGUAUUUCAAGUCUGGCUCUGGAGAUAUGGCGAGUUCGAUGUGCGAAUUGCCAGUGCCGAAACAGGUGGAAUGUGCCCGAACUGGCUGUAUGGCCAUGUGGCUGAACUGUGGCUGCAAGACAGUGGCGGGUCAUCUUGCUCGUCAGCAAGCGGCCUCAUGGCCACUGCAUCAGCAAUACGAGGGCAAAAUCCACCGCAUGGCCCAAUCGGGUGUGCGGGAGCCGUUUCACGAGCUGCAGGAGAUUCCGGCGUACAGAAGGAGGCCCAAAGCCAAGGCAAGAUUGAUUUCCAGCCGUUGGUGAGGUCUUGGACAUUGAUCCAGUCAAUUUCGAGCAUCGAAAAGCGUGGGGCUGGGGACAGGAUCAGCGACACGUAA